AUGCAAUACCAAAUUAAAAGACCAAAAACCAAGAUCGUAUGUACAUUAGGGCCGGCUUCACGAUCAGUUGAGAUGAUCGAGAAGUUGUUGCGUGCGGGAAUGACUGUCGCACGCUUCAACUUCUCGCAUGGUUCUCAUGAAUACCAUCAAGAAACUCUUGAUAACUUGCGUAAAGCGAUGAACAACACGCGUAUCCCUUGUGCUGUUAUGCUUGAUACUAAGGGUCCGGAAAUUAGGACUGGAUUUUUGAAGGAUGGGAAGCCAAUACAACUACAAGAGGGUCAACAGAUCACAAUCACUACUGAUUACACAAUUGCAGGUGACCAAAACAUGAUCUCAAUGAGCUAUAAGAAUCUUGCUCAGGACUUGAAACCGGAUAGUGUCAUUCUGUGCUCGGAUGGGACCAUCUCUCUAAAGGUUCUUGCUUGUGACAAGGACCGUGGUCUAGUCAAGUGUCGUUGUGAAAACUCUGCGGUUUUGGGUGAACGAAAGAAUGUUAAUCUUCCCGGGGUGAUUGUUGAUCUCCCGACUUUGACUGAGAAAGACAAACAUGAUAUCUUGCAAUGGGGGAUCCCUAACAAGAUUGAUAUCAUAGCGAUGUCUUUUGUUCGUAAAGGUUCAGAUGUUGUUGAGGUUCGUAAGCUUCUUGGAGAACAUGCUAAGUCUAUUCUGCUAAUGUCAAAAGUUGAGAAUCAAGAAGGUGUGGCGAAUUUGGAUGAUAUUUUGGAGAAAUCAGAUGCUUUUAUGGUGGCCCGUGGUGAUUUAGGGAUGGAAAUCCCUAUUGAGAAGAUAUUCCUUGCGCAGAAACUGAUGAUUUCUAAAUGUAAUGUGAAAGGAAAGCCCGUUGUGACUGCAACACAGAUGCUAGAGUCGAUGAUCAAGUCUCCAUGUCCAACACGGGCUGAAGCAACAGAUGUUGCCAAUGCGGUUCUCGAUGGGACUGAUUGUGUCAUGCUUAGUGGUGAAACAGCAGCUGGGGCGUUCCCGGAAAUUGCUGUUCAAACAAUGGCCAAGAUUUGCAUAGAAGCAGAAGAUUCAUUGGAUUACAGGAGCCUAUUCAAGAAAGCCAUGGAGAAUGCGCCAAUGCCCAUGAGCCCGUUGGAGAGUUUAGCUUGUAGUGCUGUCCAAACAGCAAAUUCUGUUAAGGCAAGUAUGAUUUUGGUCUUGACUAGAGGAGGAACAACUGCAAAAUUGGUGGCUAAGUUUCGACCAAGUAUCCCUAUACUGUCUGUUGUGGUGCCAGAGAUAUCAACUACUGAUUCGUUUGAGUGGUCAUGUAGCAAUGAAGCUCCAGCAAGGCACACACUUGUUUAUCGUGGGUUGGUGCCCAUCUUAAGCUCAGGGCACAUCAAUGCUACAUCAACCGAGUCAUGUGAUACAACUGUGGAGUUGGCUAUACAGGAAGCAAAAGCCAUGGGGGUUUGCAGGGAUGGAGAGUCUGUGGUGGUGCUGCAUCGUGUUAAUGGAACCGGCCUCAUCAAGAUCCUCAACGUCAAGUGAUUGUGUGCAAGU